AUGAGGGCGUCGGUGCUGCUGACCUGCUGCUGCUGGCUGCUGGUGCCGGUGAGCAGCAUCCAUCCAGAAUGUCGCUUUCAUCUGGAAAUACAGGAAGAGGAGACAAAAUGUGAAGAGCUGCUGAGCAGCCAGACAGAAAAGCAGAGAGGCUGCAGUGGUGUCUGGGACAACAUCACCUGCUGGCGCCCUGCAGACAUUGGAGAAACUGUCACAGUGCCCUGCCCCAAGGUGUUCAGCAACUUCUACAGCAGACCAGGAAACAUAAGCAAAAACUGCACUAGUGAUGGGUGGUCGGAGACAUUUCCAGAUUUCAUAGAUGCAUGUGGCUACAACGAUCCUGAGGAUGAGAGUAAGAUCACGUUUUAUAUUCUGGUGAAGGCCAUUUAUACCUUGGGCUACAGUGUUUCCCUGAUGUCUCUUACAACAGGAAGCAUAAUUAUCUGCCUCUUCAGGAAGCUGCACUGUACCAGGAACUACAUCCACCUGAAUCUGUUCCUCUCGUUCAUGCUCAGAGCCAUCUCAGUGCUGGUUAAGGACAGUGUACUCUACUCCAGCUCAGGUACACUGCGCUGUCACGACCAGCCGGCCUCCUGGGUCGGCUGCAAGCUCAGCCUGGUGUUCUUCCAGUACUGUAUCAUGGCGAACUUCUACUGGCUCCUGGUGGAGGGUCUCUACCUGCACACCCUCCUGGUGGCUGUCCUUCCUCCCAGCAGGUGCUUCCUGGCCUACCUUCUGAUUGGAUGGGGCAUCCCCAGUGUGUGCAUAGGCGCCUGGACAGCAACCCGCCUCUCUUUAGAAGACACAGGUUGUUGGGACACAAAUGACCAGAGCAUCCCGUGGUGGGUCAUUCGGAUGCCUAUUCUAAUUUCCAUCGCCAGGGCAGUCAACUUUGCCCUCUUCAUCAGCAUUAUAAGGAUCUUACUUCAGAAGCUAACCUCCCCAGAUGUCGGUGGCAACGAUCAGUCACAGUACAAGAGGCUCGCCAAGUCCACACUGCUGCUGAUCCCACUGUUCGGUGUCCACUACAUGGUGUUUGCCGCCUUCCCCAUUGGUAUCUCCUCCACAUACCAGAUCCUGUUUGAGCUGUGCGUCGGUUCCUUCCAGGGCCUGGUGGUGGCGGUGCUGUACUGCUUCCUGAACAACGAGGUACAGUGUGAACUGAAGAGAAGGUGGCGAGGCCUGUGCCUGACCCAACCUGGGAGCCGGGACUACCGGUUACAUAGCUGGUCCAUGUCCCGGAAUGGCUCAGAAAGUGCCCUACAGAUACACCGCGGCUCCCGCACCCAGUCCUUCCUGCAGACAGAGACCUCGGUCAUUUAG